GUUAGCCAUCAGGCUGGUUUCCUGUCGGGGGAGGGGGACUGACAUUAGCCAGCGAUGUGAUGCCUCCACUCGGGCUCUAACCAUAGUUAUCCAGCAAACGUUGCUCAGUCAUGUAGUACGGGUUUAGACUUUUGCGUGACGAUGGAGGCACAAAACGCGUCUUAUCGAGCCCGAUGAAUGGCUGUGACAGCUAGAGAGGGGGAGAGACCUCAGCAUGCAAACCCUCGUCUGUCCGGCUUGCACCCUCUCUUUCUUUCCAUGCUGCUGGUCUUCAGAUGGCUGCUCCCAUGCCUCAUUCACACCAGCAGUACAGUGACUGUCACCAACAGAGUACAGACCAGUCUGUCACUGUACUGCCAUACAGUGAACAGGCACAAGCACUCACUGCCAGCCAGAGGCACAUGCCCCAGUGCUUUCGUGACCCUACUUUAGCUCCUCUGAGGAAGCUCUCCAUAGACCUGAUCAAAACCUACAAACACAUCAAUGAGGUGUAUUAUGCAAAAAAGAAACGACGGCAUCAACAGGGUCAAGGUGAGGACUCAAGCCACAAGAAGGAAAGAAAAGUAUUCAAUGAUGGCUAUGAUGAUGAGAACUACGACUACAUUGUCAAAAAUGGGGAGAAAUGGAUGGACCGCUAUGAAAUUGACUCUUUAAUUGGAAAAGGGUCAUUUGGACAGGUUGUAAAAGCCUACGACCGUGCUGAGCAAGAGUGGGUAGCAAUUAAGAUUAUCAAGAACAAAAAGGCCUUUCUCAAUCAAGCUCAGAUUGAAGUAAGGCUUCUCGAGCUUAUGAACAAACAUGACACAGAGAUGAAAUACUAUAUAGUACACUUGAAACGGCACUUCAUGUUCCGGAAUCAUCUUUGCUUAGUAUUUGAAAUGUUGUCAUACAACCUGUAUGACUUGUUAAGAAACACGAACUUCAGAGGUGUCUCUUUGAAUCUGACACGAAAGUUUGCCCAGCAGUUGUGUACAGCGCUGCUAUUUCUUGCCACACCUGAGCUCAGCAUCAUCCACUGUGAUCUAAAGCCAGAGAACAUCCUGCUAUGUAAUCCCAAGAGAAGUGCCAUCAAAAUAGUGGACUUCGGGAGCUCCUGCCAACUGGGACAAAGGAUAUAUCAGUACAUCCAGAGCCGAUUCUACCGCUCCCCUGAAGUUUUAUUGGGAAUGCCAUAUGAUCUGGCCAUAGACAUGUGGUCACUAGGAUGUAUCCUGGUGGAAAUGCAUACAGGAGAGCCUCUGUUUAGUGGAGCCAAUGAGGUGGACCAAAUGAAUAAAAUUGUUGAAGUACUUGGGAUCCCACCUAGUCACAUUAUGGACCUAGCACCAAAAGCCAGGAAAUUUUUUGAGAAGUUGUCAGAUGGGACAUGGAGUGUUAAGAAGACCAAAGAUGGGAAAAGGUACAAACCUCCAGCAUCUCGGAAAAUCCAUGCCAUCUUGGGAGUGGAAUGUGGUGGACCAGGCGGUCGCCGGGCUGGAGAAUCUGGCCACGCAGUAGCUGACUACUUGAAGUUCAAGGACCUCAUCCUCAGAAUGCUGGACUAUGACCCCAAGACUCGAAUUCAGCCCUACUAUGCUCUCCAGCACAGUUUCUUCAAGAAAACGGCAGAUGAAGGAACCAAUACGAGUAGUAGUGUGUCGACAAGUCCUGCACUUGAGCAGUCACAGUCAUCAGGGACCACUUCUAGUACAUCCUCAAGCUCAGGAGGAUCAUCUGGAACAAGCACCAGUGGAAGAGCAAGAUCUGAUCCAACUCACCACCAUCGGCAUAGUGGUGGGCAUUUCGGCACAGUCAUGCCCCCCAUAGACUGUGACAACCUUUGCCCUCAGCAGACGAGACAGCCUUACCAUCCACCAGUAGUAUGGCCUGGAAUUGUAGGACCCGAUCCUGUCACUGUAGAGACUCAUCCAGUCCAGGAAACCACUUUUCACGUGCCUCCCCAGCAUCCCAAGGCAUUGCACCCCCAUCACCAUCAUCAUCACGGACAGGUCAUAGCAACUCGACCACGACCGCGACUCUACAACUCGCCCACCAACAGCGCCUCCACUCAAGACUCCAUGGAGGUGGUGCACGGCCAUCUGUCUAUGACAUCCCUGUCUUCCUCGGCAUCCUCUUCCUCCACAUCUUCCUCUUCCACAGGAAACCACGGCAACCAGGCUUACCAGCUUCGCCAGCUUCCUGCCAAUUCCCUGGACUUUAGACAAAUUGGGAGUAUGGGUUUGGGUGCCUUCUCAAAUCCUCGCCAAGAGACUGGUAUGGCUGGACAUCCCACGUACCCCGUUGCCACAAACACAGGAACUGGUCACUUUAUAACAGAGGGACACCUAGGCAUGAGACAAGGGAUUGAUAGGGAAGAUUCACCGAUGACUGGAGUCUGUGUUCAGCAGAGCUCAAUGGCCAGCUCGUGACUUUAGCUGAAAUGGGUUUGUUUUUCUGUGUGACUUUUUUUUUUCAUUUUUUUAUGGUGAUGUUUUGUUAUUUUUGUUUUUCAAAAGGUGCAUAGAGAAUAAAAGCUGCUCACUUCUGAGGGGAGAUAUCACUGAACCGCUACAAAUUGAAGAGUAUUUAAAAAGUAUAUAUGUAUUACCUUAACUUUAUGUUUUCAAUUUUUAGAUUGUUAAGUUAGUAAUACUGCAAAUAACCAUAGUGAAACUGAAACAUCCAUCUGCCAUAAAGUACUUAUUUACCAUCUGUUACCAUUUGAAACCAGGAGAUUUUAUUUGUUUUUCCCUUUUUUCUUUUCUUUUUUUUAAACGGUGAGCAUUUCAGAGCUGUGAGCUGUCGUACAGCUUUUAUAUGUGAAGCAAUGCAAAACAUUUGUUUAGUUUAAACAAGUGAAACAUUGGACAUUAUAAUUUGACUGGUUGUUCUUUUAUUUACCCUUUAAGUGAAACUUCUCUAAAGAGCUGUGUGUUUAAACCUGUAGCGUGUCAAGGAAGCAGUACUUGCAGUGAUAUUUCGUGUUGUCGGUAUCGUAUAACUCUUCAAGAGGGGGACGCAUAGCCGUGGAGCUCCUGGGGCAAGUGCUGGCCUGGUGGUAUAAUGGAGGAGCUGGGGUUAGGGCUUAGACAGGCAGGUGCGGUACUCUCCAGUCCGGGCAUCUUUGACUACGUACAGCAACUGAGGAGGAGGUGCGCUGAGGAACAACAAGGGGGAAACAGAUCCAGAUCAAUCUGGCAACCCUUUGGCCUUACAACUUUUGGACCUUGACUGAAAAGGAGCUGGACUAUAUUAUUAAAUAGAGAUGGCUGUGCUCUAUUUUUAAGAUUGAAGUCCUUAAUUGGUUAGGGAAAGGGUAAAUAAGAAUGGGUAUUCAGAGGCCUUUAUUUAGCAACGAUGGGACUCCAAAUUGCAGGGUCUUGAUCAAAUGUCCCAAACACAACUUCCUAAAAUUGUUUAUUAUUGCCGAAGUGGGAUUUCACAUUGAAGUUAAUCAUCCCCAUAUCAGACACCAUAAUUUGGCUUUAUUUUUACCCCGUCAAGCAUAUGUGGUUCCAUAUUGACAAACAUUGCAUCAGUUUGCCUCUUUGUGUUGAACACAGAUGAUGUGUAAUGAAAUUUGUGUGACUGCCUUUUUUCUCCUCUUGAAUUAUGCUGUGAAUUUUACACAAAACAAAUUUUCUUUAUUAUUGUCUCCUCUUUUCUUUUGAUAAACCAAAGCUGUUGUUUUUUUUAUAGCAUUAGGUGUCUGUAAGAAAUAAUGUAGCAGUUCACCACUUCAGCCCAAGGUUCAUAAAAGUCCAUUUUAGUCUGUA